AUGGAAGAUAUUAUUGUUUCACUAGAACCAGCAUUUCAUCGUGUGGAACGAUUCAUUCUUUGGAAAAAUCGUUAUGCUAGUUUAUUGGCAUUUGCUCUCGCCCAUGCGAUUUUCUAUGCAAUUGCUCGAGCUGGCCUACGUCCAUUCUGUGCGAUCACCCUUGUCAUCUUGAUCUUUCAUAUCCUGGACAGUUUAAAACAAAAACGAGCACAUCUGAUCGAUAAUGAAGAUAAAAAUCUCUGUGAACUGACACAAUUAGUUCUACGCUCAUAUCGUUAUUUAUGUCAAACACAUGAAAAACUGAAUACAUUGAAAACUGAGAAUCGAGUGAAAUACUCAAUUAUAAUUAUUGCUAUUUGUUUAACAUUAGCAGUGAUCGGUGUGAAAAUUAAUGGUUUCUAUGUAUCAUAUAUAACGAUGUUAAUCUUAUUUACGUUACCAGCUGUUGUUUAUCAUAAAUUAAUACCGAAGUUACUUCGCCGUUUGGCACCGGUUAUCGAACAACUUGAUCAAUCGAUGCAAUACCAACGGCGUUCAUUACUUGAUCAGAGAGAAUUAUUGGUGAAACUGGACCGAGCUACUUCGAAUAAUGAUGAUGACGAUGUUCGUCGAUUGGAAGAGCAACGUAAGAUUUUACAACAAGAAGCACUUACGAAUAAACAACAGCAACGGCAGCGAUUGACUAUAAGUGAUGAUGAAAGGGAAGAGGAGGAAACAGAAGAGAACUUAAUAUCUACGAAUGAUCAAAGUGAGACAAUCUUAAAUUUUCGUCACCGUUUCCAAAAUGAACCGAUCGUCAAUGAUUCAACUUUUGUUCCAAAACAAACUAGUAUGGGCGAAUCAAGCUUUGACAUGCUUAGUGAUUCAUCCUCAUCAACUGCUGAUGAUGAAACAAAUCGUUUGAGUGAAUUGUACGCAAAUGCUGGUGGUCAUAUAGACGGUAAACAUCGAAUUCGAAUGAAAAAUGAUGAGUUGAAAGUCAAAGGCCGUUCGAAUAAACAACGACCGAAGCUAAUGGAUGCCCAGUACUUUCAAUCGCCUGGUCCAAACUCAUCGUCUUCGACACUUACUAAUACAGCAGCAAAUCAGUCGAGUAAUGAUCCGGACUUAACAAGCUUUGAUUUUCUUAAUGAUUAUGAUGAAAAAGCAUAA